UUAAAAGGUUUUUAAUGAUAGUUUGGUCUACACUCUUAUUUCUACUAAGUUUGUUUGAUAAUCAAAAAAUUUAAAACCAUUAAAAUGAUGCUGAAUUGCAAAUUUUAUUUUAUUUCAUCCCAUAACUUUAUAUCUACAGAACAAAACAGGGUUCGCAAAACAAUCAAGUUUCAAAAGUCCGUUAUGAUCAGGCGUAGGAACUUGUUUACUAAGUAUUAGCAAUGUUCAAAGUUUUCAAUUCUUCAUAUCGAAAAUAUAAACUUGUCAUUAAUUCUAAUAAAUAAUGUAGAACUUAAUAAAAACUAGCUUUUAAAAGAUAAUGUCAGAUUUAUAAAUUAAAAUACUAUAUUGUCAUAGCUUAACGUAUUUUCGUCAUUUAAUUUUCUAAAAAAGAAGAUAAAACAAAUUAAAAGAAAACAACAAAGAGUUUUAAAAUGAAAAGAAAUUAUAAUUAUAAUGAUAAAUCGAUUGUUAAACGCUUUAGAACAUCAUUCCUAUCAUCCUCAGUGAGAAAUGUCAGAAAGAUUCACGACUUUCAAGUUGGACCAGAAAUAGUCAAGAGCAAUGCUGGUCCACUUAACUGCAUUAGAACAUAUCUAGCAAAGAAAGAUGAGACUUUUUACAGACUGAAGGUUUUGACUGUUGAGAAUCCGGACGAAGUUAAUCAAAGCAAAGAAAUUGUUCAGGCUAAAGUUUUGCUUCACAAUGAGUAUUUAUUGCUUCAGAUAUUAAAAAGUUGUCCAGGAGUUGAGAGAUGUUAUGGACUUUUUGUGGAUCAAGUGCAAAGUGAACGAGGAUCAAAGAUACCAGCAAAGCGUAUAACACUUGUAACAGAUGCAUAUUGUGAUAAAAGUUCUGAAAAUUGGUUGAAUGUGAAUCAAGAGAAUCAAUUUUUAUCACUUCAAGAAUAUAUAAGUCGUCAUAAACUGACUGAGAAAGAAGCGCUUCUUGUGUUUUAUGAAAUUGUUAAGAUAGUCGAGCAGAUUCACAAAUUGAAUAUUUGUCAUCGUGACUUGAAGAUUCAGAACUUCCUUAUUAAUUAUCAGACUAAACGAAUUAUAUUGACAAACUUUUGUCUUGGCAAAUUACUCAGUUCUGAAAAUCAGCUUUUAUUUGAUCAACGUGGAUCGCCAGCUUAUAUAUCUCCAGAUAUUAUUCAAGGAUCAUAUCAAGGAAAGCCAUCAGAUGUGUGGAGUUUAGGUGUUAUUCUUUAUGUACUGGUUUAUUCAAAUUUUCCAUUUGUCGAGAACACAACAGCAGCUUUAUUUAAAAAGAUAUGUCAAUGUGAAUUAGUAUUUCCUACCGAGGGAGCCAGAAUUACUGAAGAGACAAAGCAAUUAAUUAAAAAUCAUUUAUUGACAACAUCUGAUCGAUUUACGGCAACUGAUACUCGUGAAUAUUUGGAAAGACAAUUUGAGAAAAUUCAAAGGACUGCAAAUUUAACGACUAGAGCAUUACAAAGAGAUGAUCAAGUGGUUCCUGACCUCGAUAAUCAGCCACCAAAAUUGAUCUGUCAAGAUCCACCAUCUCCAAAAUUUGAUUUAUCAACAGAAAAUAUUUCAAUGGUACUGAAAAUGAUGUCGCAUCAGGAAUCGACAAACAAUAAGAUGUUCUUACGUCCAAGUCUCUUAGCUGAUCGAUCAGCAGGAAGUCGUAUUUCCGUGUCACCAAAUCAAGGUGGUAUGACUAGAAACUUGACACGACAGAUUAAUCAAUUGUCAGUGCGUAACCAUCAACAAACAAGCAUACCAUUAUCGUGGCAUAACCGGAUAAGUGCUCCGUUAUAUGAAGUCAGAUUUCGUGCCGGUUCAGAACGUGUAAGAAUUCAACAAAGACCACAACAAACUGUCGCAAAUGGCGCAACAAGCUUCGAAUCUAUUUAUAAUACACUGAAUGAACUAUUUAGUAAUGGAAAUUUACAGUCAAAUGGAAUCGUACACAAUUUUCAUGGAAUUAUUAAUCAAGAUAUUGCACUUAAGCUGUCGAUUUGGCUUCGUACAAAUUUUCAUGAUAAUCCACUAAUUCGUGAGAUUUAUAAUCAGACACAUCACAGUCCAGGUGAUGAUAUUGGCAAAUUUGUUGAAUUUCUAAGACGAUGUAAUGUGGAAAUGGAAGUUCUAAAUGGACAAGUUUAUGUCAAGUCACAACAAUCAAAUCAGAUUUUAAUAUUUUUGACUUAUUUGCUGCAAUUAGCUGGAUACAAUAAUACUUACUUUCUAAAUAUAAGCAGAAGUCCUUAAUUAACAUUUAUCUAAUAAAUGUAAAGUUACAACUUUUCACUAUGAAACGUUCAAUUUGAUGCAAUUUUAAUACCUAUA